UUUGCCCGGCUCUAUCAUAGUGCACAUAGUGUCCAAAUACUUUUGUUGCCAUCGUGGACAGAUUGACACCCUACUGCUGUUGUGUUGCAAAUCUUUCCUGGCUCCUCCUCCUCCAUGUUUUGGACCAAAUCAUUUCCUGGCAUGAAUACUGGUCUGUUCAGUCUGAAGACUCACUACAGCUGUGUGUAAAUCUCUUUUAUUAUGGCUUUAGUGGAAACACUUCUCCUGAAUGUCUCCAGCACAGGAGCUUUACUCGCUGCUCUUCUACUGCUUUUGGUUAUUUAUUUUUGCUUCAGGUCUCCAGAAGAUGACCAAGAACCUCCAGGACCCAAACCACUGCCACUCGUGGGAAACCUGCACCUUCUGGACCUUAAACAACUUCAUGUGAGCCUCUUGAAUUUAUCCAAGAAAUAUGGGUCAGUGUUCAAAGUUCAUCUUGGACCCAAAAAGAUUGUGGUUUUGUCCGGAUUCAAGACGGUUAAACAAGCACUGGUGAACCAGGCUGAAGAAUUUGGGGAAAGAGACAUCAUGCCCAUAUUCCAAGACAUCAAUAAAAGACACGGAAUCCUUUUUGCAAAUGGUGACAAUUGGAAAACCAUGAGAAGAUUUGCUCUCUCAACUCUUAAAGACUUUGGAAUGGGAAAGAAACUGAGUGAAGAGAAAAUUAUUCAGGAGACCCGAUAUCUGCGGGAAGUUUUUGAGACCUACCAAGGAAAUCCCUUUGAUACAACACAACCUUUAAAUUAUGCUGUUUCCAACAUCAUCUCAGCUAUUGUUUAUGGAAAUCGAUUCGAAUAUGACGACCCAAAGUUUAAAGAAAUGGUUAACAAGGCAAACCAGAACAUCCUCAGGAUCGGCUCUGCUGUCAUACAGAUCUACAACAUGUUUCCAGUGCUUGGGCCUUGGCUGGAGACCCGAAGACUGCUAAUGGAAAGUAUGGAAAGCAACAUUGCUGAAAUGCAGGUGCUGGUGGAUCGCUUACGGGAGACCUUUAACCCUCUCGACUGCAGAGGAUUAGUUGAUGCCUUCCUCAUCCAAAAACAAAGCUUAGAGGAAUCUGGAGAAAAUGAUUCACAAUUUAAUGAUCUGAACCUGCUCAUGACUGUGGCCAACCUGUUUGUUGCCGGUACUGACACCACCGGUACAACGCUACGCUGGGGUUUACUGCUCAUGGCCAAAUAUCCUCACAUACAAGAUCGGGUUCAUGAGGAAAUUGACAGGGUGCUUGACGGACGUGAACCGGUUACAGAGGACAGGAAGAAUUUACCUUACACAGACGCUGUGAUCCAUGAAAUCCAGAGACUGGCGAAUAUAGUGCCCUUGGAUCUGCCACAUAAAACCAGCUGUGAUGUCAACUUCAAUGGAUAUUUCAUUAAGAAGGGGACAAGUGUUUUGCCACUGCUGACGUCUGUUUUUAGGGAUGAGAAUGAGUGGGAGACGCCCAACACUUUCAACCCUGAACACUUCCUCAAUGAGAACGGUCAGCUGAUCAAACGUGAUGCCUUUAUGCCCUUCUCCGCAGGUCGCAGGAUUUGUUUAGGAGAGGGUUUGGCCAGGAUGGAGCUCUUUCUGUUCUUCACUUCUCUUCUUCAGUGUUUUCACUUCACUCCUCCACCUGGAGUCUCUGAAGAUGAAUUGGAUCUCACUGCAGUUGGGGGUAUCAUCUUGAACCCCUCACCUCACAAACUGUGUGCAGUCAGUAGGGCAGAAAAACACAACCACAAUCCAUAAGUCAAAGUUGGUAUCUUUCAAUAGCAGGGGACUAUUUUCGGGCACUGUGUAAUAUCAUUGUGCCUGCUGCAGCCAUGUUACGGCAGCAAAGUCCUUGAUUAUUACGCCAGAAUGAGAGUAUAGUUCCUAGCCAUAUCGGCCUAGAAAAUCGCAUCUUUUAAUUUUCCGUCGAUCUUAGUACAUGAUGAAACUACAGAAGAGUCAAGUUUUAAAUAGGAAAAAUAUUGAAACUCUUGUUUUUUUUUUGAGCGCGAUGCUCAUGGUCUAAUCAGAUUCAAUAAAUUUGUGCUAAGCUAUGCUAAAAGUGCUAGCGCCAGACCCGGAGAUCAGCUGAAUGGAUUUCAAAACGGUAAAAAUCAAAUGUUUAACUCUAGGGGAGCUGGAAAAUGAGCAUAUUUUCAAAAAAAAGUGGAGUUUCCAUUUAAACCUUUGAAAAAUAAGGCUAAUUCUUAUGUUUUUUGGCAUAAAAGAAAAAUCUGUAAUUUUGACAAAUACAAUGUAUUGUUAGCUAUUGCUACAAAUAUACCUGUGCAUCUUAUGUCUGGUUUUGUGGCCCAGGGUCACAUAUGUGAUUAUGAUCAAAUGUUUGAAGAUGUGUUUAAUGUGCAGUACCAUCAAUACCACAC